UUAUCGUUCGACUAUCUGCUCAAAACGGCUGCACCGUUCACGGAAAAAAAAAUGCAAGCCGCCGUCCUUUCGAUUCGUCCAAGAGUUGCAGAAUAUUUGAAAAAAAAAAAAAACAACAAAAACAAAACAAAACAAAACAAAAAAAAUCCCACCUCAGCACAGAAAGUGGGAUUUGUUUAAGAUGGCACGUCGCCCUCUAACUGUAUAGCCGAGGCGUUAUGUAGGAGAAAGAUAGGUGUUCGGUUUUGGACCGUUCUGCUUCAGACCGCAUCUCUUCUUCUGUUUCCGCGCUGCUUUUUUUUUUUUCUUUCCUCCCCCUUCGUCAGGGCAUGGUUGUUGUAGGAAGUGUCAGUUUUUUGAAGGGGUGGGGAGGCCGGGCUAUUCAAAGCUGCAAGGGGCCGUAAACAAUCCAUCAUGCUAACAUGGACGUGAUAAAGCCACACUGUACGCGCUGACACGCGCUCUGUACAUUUUUUGGGGAGGGGGGGGGGGGGGAGAAGAACACUGCAGAAUAUGGCGUCCCGCCUUAUAAAAAUAAGGCUGCCAUUUUUGUUUCUCUUUUGUCUGGGAAUGUUUUAAGAUGGAACGUGUGGGUCUGGUCGAAAAUGUGUGCGGCGCGCUGUGCCAGUAGCCCCGUGGCCGUCCAAAACGUCCCAAGAGCCGGCCGGCAGGAGACGGUCGAACACGGGCCACACGAAGGCAAAGUUUCGAAUGAUGGCAGAGCCUCGAUUUAACAACCCUUAUUUCUGGCCUCCACCUCCAUCCAUGCCUGGCCAGUUGGAUAACCUGGUGCUCAUUAACAAGAUCAAAGAGCAACUGAUGGCCGAGAGGAUCCGACCCUUGCAUCUGCCGCCUACAUCCACUCCUUCCCAGCAACCUUUGCUGGUACCCACCUCGUCCCCAGACGGCGGCAGCUCUCAGCAUGGCAUGACGGUUAACAAGACACAGUCACAGCAGGUGCCGGCCCACCACCCACAACAGCAGUCAGACAUCACCUUGCACGCCCGUUCAGGCUCCAGCUCCGGACCAGAUGGAAGUAUGGAUAACAAGUCAGCUGUGAAGGCCAAAGGAUUAUGGGAGGACUGGCACAUGAGGCAACUGAGCGAGCAGCACACCCGCGCCAACCAUCGAUCAGGCCUGGCUCCUUCAUCCCGACCCGAAAGCCACAGCACCUCUGAGGCUCUAACCCCCACGACGCCAACCUCCAGCAGCCAGAACCGCCUGGGUGGCGCCCCCUCUGUCAACAUCAUCUCUGGGCUGGCGAGUGGUCCUGGCAUGGACCACAUGAAGGUGGGAGGCCUGGCGGGACUGUUGGGCCCCCCACCCAAGGCACCACGGGGACGAAAGAAGAUUAAAGCUGAGAACGCGUCAGGUCCUUUGCUGGUGGUCCCCUACCCUAUACUAGCAGACCAAGGCUGUGUCACUGUGGCACCCAAAGAGGGCAAAACAUACAGAUGCAAAGUGUGCCCACUCACCUUCCUGACCAAGUCAGAGAUGCAGUUCCACUCCAAGUCCCACACAGAGGCCAAACCACACAAGUGUCCCCACUGCUCCAAGACUUUCGCGAACGCCUCAUACCUGUCCCAGCACCUGCGUAUCCACUUGGGCAUUAAACCCUACCAUUGCUCCUACUGUGAGAACUCCUUCCGCCAACUUUCACAUCUGCAGCAGCACACCAGAAUCCACACCGGGGACAGGCCUUAUAAAUGUGCUCACCCCGGAUGUGAAAAGGCUUUUACCCAGCUGUCCAAUCUCCAGUCUCACCAGAGGCAGCACAAUAAAGACAAACCGUACAAAUGUCCCAACUGCUACCGUGCCUACUCUGACUCCGCAUCGUUGCAGAUCCACUUGUCGGCGCACGCCAUCAAAAAUGCCAAGGCCUACUGCUGUAGCAUGUGUGGCCGGGCGUACACCUCAGAGACCUACCUUAUGAAGCACAUGUCCAAACACACAGUGGUGGAACACCUCGUGAGCCACCAGUCCCCCCAGAGGACUGAGUCCCCCAGCAUCCCCAUAAGGAUCUCGCUUAUCUGAGCUGCCCAGUGACCAGUAUCGGUUCCAUUUAGAGUCCAUGUUAGGCACAAGCCUCACAGGCCCUGCGCCGGGGGUCAUCUACACAAGGCUUACAUUAGCAUUAUGACAGCUGACGUAAGCAUUCAGCGCAAGAGUUGACAAUACGAGCGCUUUUUAGUGAAUGUAAUAAUACAGCUAGAUGUUGUCCAGAGGACGGGGUGGCAAAGAAUGUCUUGCGUCAGAUUUAAUAAGCACUUUCGUAAGCGUCAUGUAAACAGCCUGCCCCUGUUUUCGUAAAGAAAGCAGAUGAUUCUUUAUGAAUAUGGGCACAGAUUAAUUGGGCAUAAAACAUUUAUUUUUUUCUUUCUCCUCCAUUAAAUGAGAUUCUUUCCCAACUAUACCAGAUAAUAAAUUCCCCUCCGAAAAAAAAAUUUGAUACAGUUGUAAAAUGUUUGCUGGGUGUAUUCUGGAGACAUCCAAAGAGAUUCUUAAAGCACUUUUUAGGUCUUGUGGUUUUGGCUCAAAUUGUUGAAAUUUUGUUUGUUGGGAAAAUGUCAAAGGGCAUUCAUUAUCUGUGGCAGCUAAGAGCAGUUAAAGUGUAGGGGGAAAAAACGGGCUCUUCUGUUACUUCAGUUUUGUUUUACUCACAUGGUUGUGCAAGAAAACACUGACAGGGUCAUAAAAAUUUCAACAGAGGCAAUCGUAGAUGACAAUGGAAGCAUUUAAUGAUUGUAUUGUUUUAUUGAUGUGAGGAGGGAAGGAGUAAAAAAAAAAAGUGUAAAGGGAAACAAAGUUCUCACCCCCGCUUAAAUCCUUUACUCUCUAUUUGAUGGCAGCUUGGUGAUUAUACCACAUGAUCACAGUAACACUGCUUUUAUAAAUUACCAUUCCCCCUGCCCUUUCCACCCCUUCGUACACCCUGCAAACUAGUGCCAUAUGUUGAAAGCCAGUCUUGUAAUAUUAAGCUUUAUUUUUAGUUUUAUUGGUUGCUGUACACUUAACCGGGGCCAGGUCUGAUCAGCCAUACUUGGUUAUUUCCCCUACUAAAAAUAAUAAUAAAAUCAAAUAAAAAAAUACAAACUUUUAUUUUACUUGAGUAGCAAACAAUGCUAACCAUUGGACCAAAAUGUGAAGUAACUGUACAGAACCCAGUCAGGAUUUUGUCAUGAGCUUUAUCCAUAAGAAUUAACUGUAGUAUAAAUAUUUUCCACGAUGCUAACAGUGAGUCCGGAAAGUAUUCGCAGCGUUUCACUUUUACAUUUUAUGUUACACUCUUACUACAAAGUGGAAUAAGUUAAUUUUUCCUCACUUCACAAAAUAAAAGUUGUUUUUUUUUGCCAAUUUAUUGUAUGUAAGUAUAUGCAGCCUUUGCUUAAUACAUUGUUGACACACUUGAGACAGCAAUUACAGCCUCAAGUCUUUUUGAAUAUGAUACCACAAGCUUGGCACAGCCAUCUUUGGCUUGUUUCCCCGUUUCUCUCUGCAGCACCUCUCAACUUCCAUCAGUCUGGAUGGUGAGUGACGUUGUAUAGCUAUCUAAAACCUCUUUAGAGAUGUUCAGUCGGAUUCAAGACUGGGCUCUGGCUGGGCCACUUAAAGGCAAUCACAGAGUUGCUCUGAAGCCACUCCUUUGAUAUCUCGACUAUGUGGUAGGGGUCGUCCUGCUGAAGGAUGAAACCACCCUAGUAUGAGGUCAAGAGCGCUCUGGAGUAGGAUUUCACUGGACAUUACUAAAUUCAUCUUUCGCUUGACUUGUCUCCCAACUCCUACCACUGAAAAACAUUGCCAACCGGCAUUGGCACAAAAAUGUUUUUUCAUGGGUGCAUCCCACAUACUCAUUUCUGAUACUCAUCCCACAGAUGUUCUAUACAAAAGUGGCACCAUUUAAAAGAGCAAUGAACAAGCUUUCCAACUGUAUAAGAUUUACCAAGAAGCAUGGUUACAAAAAGAAAUCCAUUUUCUGUACCGGUUAUCCUCACUAGGGUCGCGGGCUUGCUGGAGCCUAUACCAGCUACCUUCAGGCGAGAGGGGGGUAAACUGGUUGGCAACCAAUCGCAGAGCCCAAAUAAACAACCAUUCGCAUUCACAUUCACACCUCUGGCCAAUUUUGAGUCUUAAUCAACCAACCACGCAUGUUUUUGGGAUGUGGGAGGAAACCGGAGCACCCGGAGAAAACCCACGCAUGCACGGAGAGAACAUGCAAACUCCACACAGGCGAGGCUGGGAUUUGAACCCCAGUCCUCAGAACUGUGAAGCAGAUGUGCUCAGUUGUCCACCGUGCCGCCAAUAAAAAUAAGUAUAGUAAUAGUGAACACUAAUUUCCCUACUUUUUGGGCUAUCUUUAGUCAGAUGUGUACCUUUCCAAAACAGGUCCAAUCAACUGAAUUUACCAAAGGUUGACUCCAAUUAAGCUAUAAAAACAAUCAAGAAUGAUCAAAAGAGCAGUGGCGGGUGGUGCAUGUCAGAUCUGGGCCUUCAGUGGAGACUUCAGUGACAUACUCACAAUGUCGUUUUUCUUAAAGCCUGCCUGAAAAUUUUUUUUUAAUAAUGUUCGACAUUGGUCCUCCUCCGUCAUCUAUUGUGCACAUUGCAAGACUAUUUAGCUCUGAUCAAUCAAUCAGAGGACGGGAAAAUGCCGACAUCACUCUAAGCCUCCGUGAAGGCCUCAUUUGGUGAAUCUCAAAGCUGAUUGGUUAAAAAAAAAAGAAGUCAUUGCUAAUAGUUUGUGUCAUAGGCCAGCACUCCUGAUUCUGAAGGCCCUGGGCAGAUUACAUUGACAUGGCAACACAUAGAAGCUGAAAUCUGAUUGGACGAAAAAAAUAAAAUAAUAAUAAUUUUAAAUGCACACACAUGGAAGUUGGGCAGCUCCAAAAAAUGGCUAUGAAAUGAGGACAACAGACUUCAAUCUUUUUUUUCCCAUGUUGUCAUUAUGAGAUGUGUGUAGAUUUUUAUUUUAUUUUUUAUUUUGGGGGAGGGGGAUCAUUGAAUCCAUUAUAGAAUAAGGUAAGAUACCACAACAGAGAAAGUGAAGUGUGCGCAAUACUUUCUGGAUGCAUUGUACAUGGUGAGAUUCAUGUGACGCCUUCCUCUUUUACAUUGUCUUCAGUAGUAUUACUUUGACUCCACACAGUAUUUUCCGUUGUACUCUUAAACCUCUUGAUGGUACUAAUAGGGUAUGCUGUAUUUUUCAAAGCACUUGUGGAAAAAUGCUAUUGCGAGGCGUCACAACCAAGAAGGAACCGCGAACAGUGUGCAAAAAUAAAAAGUAAACAAGAGGCCAAGCGUAGGACUCAAGUCACUGGCCUGGGUGUGUUAUGAGGAUUCCCACAUAGUUUCUUGGCAGGACACGCCCUGCUCCAGUAUUACUGGCUCCAGGACACAUGCCGCUAUGAUUGCCUGUUGUAUCUUUGUAGAACACGCCCUGCGACAUUGUUUCCCACUAACCCUAACCCACCCUAAUCCUAACCUUAACCCAUCCCAAACCGCCUUAAACCCCAACCCUAGCGCCUUAAAACUAACCAUAACUAACUUCUUUGUUUUCAUUUCUUACAAAUGUGAUACGUUUUGGAUGGUGAUCUCAUUACAUCUGCAUAGCCUGCCCUUCCCGGAAAGCAGGAGCCCAUCAUGUUGCAGUGGGGCGUGUCCUGCCUAGAAAAUGUAUGGGAAUCCUAAUAAUGUGGCCUGGGCCAAUGCCAACAACAAGCCCUGCCUCCUAACCUUUCUCUCUUUGGAGAUAGUAAUGGGCAGAAUGUUCAUGUUGCUGUACUGUAUAACAUGUUUCUCAUUUAUAAUAUCUAUUUUUAAAGGUUUCAUAAAUAUGUUCCGUUUCAAGUGAGAAAAAAAAAUAUUACCUUCUUAUGUUACUAAUCACCUUUUAUAUCGGUUGUUUUAUAUGUAAGCCUUAACUGUUUUAUCAUCCCAUCUCCAUUACUCUGUAUUGUGUUCUGCAGUAUUCAGUCCUGUAAGCAUUUUGUUUUUUCUUGUUCCCUCCCGCAUGGAGCUGUAAUCUGUAUGAUAACUGUUUAACCUGAGUUCUCUAAGGAAAAUUAUUGCAUAGAUUUAUGAAACCUUUUCCUGUCUUGCAUUGUGGCCUCAUAUAUGGUUUUUGGACAAAAUAUGCACAACCAAGACUGAAAAGUUAACCCAUGGGUUAGCAAUGUUUCAAAUAAAAUGAAAACAAGCUUUGUAUCUUUACCUUGUUUAAUAAACACACUGCCAUAAA